AUGGUGCUUUUUCUCGCCCUCCCAAGUUUCUAUUCCAGAACCUCUCCUCAGCGCAAGAGCACCACAUCGAGCACCGCAUCUAGCACCGCAUCCUCCACAAAUGAACACCCUGUCUCGGCAAGUACCCUUUCCUCCAUCUCGAAAUCCCCUUCUUCAUCAGCGACGCCCGACAAAGCACCAAAGCCACCUCCUGCCGCUGCUGCCGGCUCAUCGACAAUCACCGAAGCCCUUCGCGGAAACCCAUUUGGCAUAGUUUCACGAACAAAAGCGCCUAGCAAUGUCGCAGCCGGCGAAACGAUCGAAGAGGAGAAAGAGCGUGAUCGCCGCGAACUGAACGAUGCGCUGGCUAUGUUGGCACAACUGUUUCCCGAUGUGAAGAUUGAGGUCUUUCGCGAAUUGUUAGUUAGAUUCGAUGGGAAGAGCAGGUUACAUGUUUGUGUAGAGCAGCUGUUGAGAUAUAGGGCUGAAUGGGUCAAAGGAAGAUGGAAUGUCCCUGAGCUGGAUGCUAAGGCUAGUGGUGGUGGUGGUGUUGAUGGAGCUCCUGGUCGAGGUGCCAUGGCAGUAGACGGGAAUGGGGAUGCGCACGGAAGAAGGAGGAGAUGGAUACCCCAUGAAGAGCUGUUUCAGAGCGAGGAGUACAAGGCUGCGGUCAAAUCGGCCCUGUCUCUGGAAUUCCGUGUUUUAAGCAGAAGUGCCAUCGAUGCGGUGCUGGCGGAGGUUAAUUUCUCGUACGCCCGUGCCCGCCCGACGCUGCAGGAGCUAUCCCGCAAGAGCUGGCGAGUGACGUUUGGGAAUAUAUUUCCUUUCAAGAGGAAGAAGGAGAGGGAUGAUCACCCGCUCUUGUCUUGGGAGAGAUUGCCUGAUGGGGAACUUAUGCCCCGACUAAAAGAAACUGGUUGCUCGGAACUUAAUCGGGAGCUGCAUGAUACAUAUCUGGCCCCAUUACUGGCUCGGAGAAAGGAGGAGCAGGAAGCUACUGGGCUGAAGCUCGCAGAAGAGCUUAAUAAAUUCGAGGCAGAAGCUGCAGAAGCCCUUUACGAAUGCGAUUGCUGUUUGUCAGACGUUACUUUUGAGCAGAUAUCUACUUGCUCAGUCAACUCGCAUAUUAUCUGUUUCCAUUGCAUCCAGCGCACCAUCCAUGAGUCCCUCUUUGGACAAGGCUGGAGCAGGUCCAUUGACCAUGAAAAGUCAACGCUACGAUGCCUAGCACCUAUGUCAGAGGGCAUUUGCGAGGGUACUCUGGACCCGGCGAUUGUGAAACGAGCGAUUCUCGCUGAAAAGACCGGAGCGGAAACAUACCAAAAGUUCGAAGAUCGCCUGGUUUCGGAAUGCCUUCUGAAAUCUCAGCUAAAACUGAUCCGCUGCCCAUCGUGUGGACCCGCCACCAACGGUUUACUUGCUCAAACCCUGCCUGCAGCUCUGAUAGCUGUAUUACGUGCCACAAGCCAUGGCAAGAUCCCCACCGCUGCCAUGAGCCUCUGCUCCAAUCUCUCCGAACAACCGUCGAAGCUGCCCGAACAGCCGCUAUCAAACGAACUUGUCCAAGCUCUAGGUCCACCACUUAGAGUAGCUGGCGCCAACAAUAUCCUAGUCGUUCGCCCACCACGACAGCCAGCACAACCUCAGAAUCGGCGACCCUACGAAGAGCCAGAGGGCUACAAACAUUUCUGCGAGCAUUUCCGUGCCAACCCCGGCUCCCGCUGCACCGAAUGCACCAAAUGUGACCUUUACCUCACCGAGGAUGAGGAAGCUGUCGCACGACUUGCGGGCGAAAGGGCAGAGCGCCAGUGGCGCAUUAGGCAGGGUCUACUCAAUUCCUCAUCAUUGUCGUCCCAAGGGGUCACUCUACCCAGCGAUGCCCUUGCAAAGCUUUACGAUAUGUCUAGUGGUAGUCGUAGUAGGGGUGGUGUGCCCCAGUACCCCGGGUAUAGAAGCCCUGUCGCCGGGCCGCUGGACUGGAAUUGGCAGCUCGACGCAAGUGAUUGGAGGAGGCAAUGGAAGUUUUGGAUGCGGGAUAUAUGGCGGAAUGGGAGGUGGAAGGGCGAGGGACAGUAUAUGAUUGAUAUGUUAUUGGAAAAGAUAGUUGUUGUUGAUUUUUAGGGAAGAUUUUGCUUUUGUUCUCUUUGUCCUAUUUCCUCUUCUCCUAUUCCCCUCCCCCCUUCCUCUACUCCUUUUCUAAUGAUGUUUUAUACUGUGAUAUACGUUUGAUUCGCCUUCUGUUUUCUUCCUCUCUUUUUUCCCCCUCAGUGGUGCUUUGUUCGCUUGUCUCCCGCUAUCUAGCCAGGUAUGUUGGGAUUAUAUGACGUGAAAAGAAAUAUGGAACUGGACGCAAUUGAUUUCCACGAGUUCCUUUCACCUCUAUAACUAUUUAAAUUUAUACGACUGCUUUUUACUUCAAU